UGAUCUCCGAUCCUCCUCCUCGGAGCGGAUUACGGCCGCAGCUCUGCGUCUCCUCCGCUCCAUCAGCAGCUGAUCCGGGGGAACAAAGGCAGCCAGAACCGCGCAGCGCCAUGGACUUCAACGUGAAGAAGCUGGCCUCCGAUGCGGGGGUGUUCUUCACCCGGGCCGUGCAGUUCACAGAGGAGAAACUGGGCCAGGCUGAGAAGACCGAACUGGACCCUCACCUGGAGAACCUGCUGGCCAAAGCCGACUCCACCAAGAACUGGACCGAGAAGAUCCUGAGACAGACGGAGGUUCUGCUGCAGCCCAACCCGAUCGAUCACACAGGCGCUCGGAUCGAGGAGUACAUCUACGACAAGCUGGACCGGAAGCUUCCGUCCAGAACCACCAACUCCGAACUGCUGGGCCAGUUCAUGCUGGACGCCGCCAAGGAGUUCGGAGCCGACACCCCGUAUGGUACCACCCUCAUCACGGUGGGAGAGUACCAGAGGAAGCUGGGCGGAGCCGAGCGGGAGUUCCUCCACACGGCCGCCGUCACCUUCCUGUCGCCGCUGCGCAACUUCCUGGAGGGAGACUGGAGGACCAUCUCUAAGGAGCGGCGGCUCCUGGAGAACCGGCGUUUGGACCUGGACAUCUGCAAAGCCCGUCUGAAGAAAGCCAAGCAGGCCGAAGCCAAGGCAGCGGCGACUCCAGACUUCCAGGAGACGCGGCCGAGGAACUACGUCCUGUCGGCCAGCGCGUCGGCGCUGCUGAGCGAGGAAGUGGACAAGGCGGAGCUGGAGCUGCGUGUGGCCCAGACGGAGUUCGACCGGCAGGCGGAGGUGACCCGGCUGCUGCUGGAGGGAAUCAGCAGCACACAUCUGAACCACCUCAGGUGUCUGCAGGACUUUGCGGAGGCUCAGGCCACGUACUUCGCUCAGUGUCAUCACUACAUGCAGGACCUGCAGAGGGAGCUGAACAGAUGUGCGAACUCAGCCGUCGGCCCCCCGCCGCCCUCCGGCCCCGACCCGGUUCCGACCGCCUUCCCGUCCGGCCGCCUGUCUCCCGGCGCCUCGGGCUCCAGGAAGGCCAAGGUUCUGUACGACUACGACGCUCACGACGCCAGAGAACUGUCCCUGCUGGCCGACGAGGUCAUCACUGUCUACACGGUACCAGGAAUGGAUCCUGAUUGGCUGGUUGGAGAGCGGGGCAACGAGAAAGGCAAAGUACCUGUGACCUACCUGGAGCUGCUAAGCUAAUGGACCGUUAGCAUUCUGUCUGAUGAAACAUGUGAACCCUCUGGUAGACUCAGUUCAGUUUCAGAUUCAGUUCAGAUUCAGUUCAGAUUUAGUUCAGAUUCAGUUCAGAUUCAGUUUCAGUUCAGA